AUGGCCCGCCAUCUCCUCCUCUCCAUUUUCCUCCUCCUCCUCCUCUCCUCCGCCGUCGCCCACAGCGGCCACCACGACGAUGACGAUGCCGGAGAUGCUGAGGCCACUCCAAACCUCCGCUCCAAGCCGCUCAUUCUCGUUAAGAUCGGCUGUCUUAUUCUCAUCUUUUUCGGCACUUUCAUCCCUGGAAUCUCUCCCUGUUUCUUCAAAUGGAACGAUGGAUUCCUUGUCCUUGGUACUCAGUUUGCUGGCGGCGUCUUCUUUGGCACUGCUAUGAUGCAUUUCCUCUCCGAUGCUAAUGAGACGUUUGGCGAUUUGACUGAUAAGGCGUAUCCGUUCGCGUUUAUGCUUGCUUGUGUAGGGUUUUUGAUGACUAUGGCGGCGGAUUGUGUGAUAUCGUAUCUCUAUCGUAAACAGGACGGUGAUUCUUCGAUUGAUGUUGAGCUUCGAGGAACUGCAAUUUCACCCUCAAAGCUUCAGGUCCAUAAUGGCAGCAAUGGCCAUAACCCACAUCCACACGCAGCUAUCACAACAAUGGGUUCAUUUGGGGACAGCAUUUUGCUAAUCGUUGCGUUGUGCUUUCACUCCGUGUUCGAAGGCAUUGCCAUCGGUGUUGCAGAGACUGAAGCCGAUGCCUGGAGAGCCCUAUGGACGAUCUCCCUCCACAAGGUUUUUGCAGCCAUUGCCAUGGGCAUUGCUCUCCUCCGAAUGAUCCCAAACCGCCCCUUGUUGUCGAGCGCUGCCUACUCCUUUGCUUUUGCCAUCUCGAGCCCCAUUGGCAUCGCUAUCGGACUCAUAAUCGACGCCACGACAGAAGGCGCGGUUGCAGAUUGGAUCUUUGCCAUCUCGAUGGGGCUGGCUUGUGGAGUGUUCAUUUAUGUGUCCAUAAACCAUCUGCUUUCAAAGGGAUACACGGCCAAGGAUUCAGUUGGGGUGGUCAAUCCCAAUCACAAGUUUGUUGCUGUGCUUUUAGGAAUUGGGAUUAUUGCUGUUGUAAUGAUUUGGGACACCUGAUUCUCAAUCAUAUAUGGAGAAUAUAUCUAUUUUAGAUCAGAGCUUUUGUUGUAAUGUAAAGUUAAAAGCGCUUUUUGCAGCUGAGUUUUACUCGGUCGUCGUACAAUUUCUAGUAAGAGACUAAAACGAGAAAGAAGCUUAUUUGAACAUUCU